CUUAGACCCAAAGCCCACCCCUGUCCCUCCCUUCCCGAUGGCACUCUGAACCGAGUUGCAUGUUGAAUCCGCGACUUUGUGCAAAUGACCGGCGGUUGUGUGUCUUUGACGGUUGUUCUCAUGUCGCGGUUAUGACCGGGGUCCGCCCGUUUGAUCCCGUGUUGGGUAUUGGUGCUUCUCCUAUUGUUUUCUGGAAGUUCACCCAAACAGCCGCCUCCGCCGACCGUCUACAUGGCAAGCGCUAAUCGCAUCAACCAGCUGUCUUCUCACUUGAGCAGCAACCCACACGCAGCAGCCAUGUCAUCUGGAGACUCAGCAUUCACGCACGUGACGCAGGCACCGCCAGACCCUAUUCUGCACCUUUCCCACCUGCACUCGGAGGACACCUUCGAAAAGAGGAUCAACGUCGGCGUCGGUGCUUACCGGGAUGAAAAUGGCAAGCCUUGGGUGUUGCCCGUCGUCCGGAAGGCCGAGAAGCAGCUGAUCCAAGACCCCAAGUUCGACCACGAAUACCUCCCCAUCGACGGGCUUAAGCCCUUCUACGAGGCCUCCGUGCGUCUGAUUCUGGGCAAGGACAGCGCGGCCGUGAAGGAGAAGCGAUAUGUCGGCAUCCAGACGAUCAGUGGGAGUGGCGCUGUGAGGUUGGGAGGAGCGUUCCUGAACCGGUUCAGGAAAGCGAAGAUUUACGUUUCUAACCCUACAUGGGGAAAUCACCACGACAUCUUUAAGGACGCUGAAUUGGAGGUCCACACAUACCCGUACUGGGACCCAAAGACGCGUGGGUUGGCAUUGGAGGAUAUGCUGAAAAGUCUGAAGGACGCACCCAACGGCUCCAUCAUUGUCUUACAUCCUUGCGCGCAUAACCCUACCGGUGUGGACCCCACGCCCGAGCAGUGGAGACAAAUCGCUGCGGUGCUGAAGGAAAAGUCCCACUUCCCCUUCUUCGACUGCGCCUACCAAGGCUUCGCCACCGGAGACCUCGACCGCGACGCCAGCGCCGUGCGGUACUUCGUUGAGCAGGGGUUCGAACUCCUCGUGUGUCAGUCCUACUCCAAGAACCUUGGUUUAUACGGCGAGCGUGCGGGAUGUCUCACCGUGGUCCUCAAGUCCGCAUCCGUGGUUCCACAAGUCCGCAGUCAGCUCGUUCGCCUGCAACGCGCCGCCAUCUCGAGCCCACCGGCGUUUGGUGCCCGUGUCGCGUCCCUGAUUCUGAACGACGAGACCAUGUUCCGUGAAUGGACCGAGCAACUGAAGAUCAUGUCCGGCCGCAUUCAAACCAUGCGCAAGCUGCUGCACGAUGCCCUCAUCGAGCUCAAGACCCCAGGGACUUGGAACCACAUCACCGAUCAGAUCGGCAUGUUCUGCUACACUGGCCUCUCCGUCAAGCAAGUCGGCGUCAUGAAAGAGAAGUACCACGUUUACCUCACCGACAACGGCCGUAUCUCCGUCGCCGGCCUGAACCAGAGCAACGUUCGGACCUUUGCUGAGGCGCUCGACUGGGUUGUGCGUAACGUUAACUAACGCGUGCAUGUGAUGUUCAGCAUUUUAUCAUACACCAAUUUCCCCAAAAGGACAUGAAAGGGAGACAACACGCUGUGCGAGGCAUCUCGGAUUGGGCACAUGCACGGCGGCAGUAAUAAACAGAGUUUCCAUGUAGAUAGAGGCCAUUUUCUUGUUUUCCAACGUUUGCAUCUAUCUAGUGUCGCGCACCCCACCACCACCCUAUUUCCGAUACACUUUAGUCGUCGUGGUUUCCUGUUCAUCAACAAUGUAUUGCUCUUACAUGAAUUGCGCGCGAAGCACAAAAAGCGACCGCAACCCCUAUCUCCCAGAAC